CAGUAAGCCGGAAGAGGAUCUCUAGGGUGAGAUUUAUUAUACUCUCCACCAUCUUGUUCCUGUCCAUCCUUGAUGGGUCAAUCAGGAGAAGGAUCUGAUACAGAAGAUCUCCACUGAGCAGAUCCUAUAUUGUAGGAGACACAGAGACAGCUCCACUGCAUACACUCUGUAACUACAUCCCGAUGCAACACUUCAGCUCAUCCAGCACCGAUCACAACCAGCACAACAAAGUCCUGAAUACACUGAAUAGCACCCAGUCAUGUGAUUCCAGACUCCUCCCAUACAUAGUCACAUGUUCAUGACAUCAUCACAGGUCCUUUACCUCCUCCAACAGCACAGCCUGGAGGACUCCUCCCACACAUGGUCACAUGGUCAUGACAUCAUGAAAGGUCCUUUAGCCCACUAGUCUCCCCCUCCCCCAUACAUGUAGUGUCCAGCGGUGCAGGUGGAGGUUUGUACAAUAUAAAAUCUUCUUUGUGAAUAUCUUCUGCAUCAAAUUUUCCUGAACAACCUGUCAAGGAUGAAUAAGGACCGGAUCAAGAUGGCAGAGAGCAUAUUAAGUCUCACUCUAGAGCUCCUCUUCCGGCUUACUGGAGAGGAUUACAUUGUAGCAAAGAAGACCUCUAGUGAACGCUGUCAGGCCUCUGUGUCUGAAGGACGAAGAAGAACUCUGAGCCCAACCACAGGGCCUCCAUCUCGCUCCCAUGAAGAAGCCAAUGAAGAGAAGAUCCUAGAACUCACCAACAAGAUAAUUGAGCUGCUGACUGGAGAGGUUCCUAUAAGGUGUCAUGGAGUCUAUUUCUCCAUGGAGGAGUCAAAGUGUUUAGAAGGACACAAGGAAUUGUACAAGGACAUCAAGAUGGAGGAUCAACAGACCCUCAUAUCACCAGUUACAUCCAGUAAGAGAGCAACAGCGGAGAGAUGUCCCAGUCCUCUUCUUCCACGGGAUGGUUCACCAGAACAUGUUCCACAGGAUGACCAGCUUUUGAGUCCAGAUAAACACCUGAACAUUAUUAAGGUUACAGAGACUUAUGUGAGGGAUGAUGAGCAAAGUAUAGAGGACAUUCCAGAUAACUGCCCAGAUGACUGUACCAGGAGCUCAGAGGAGCAUCUGAAAUCCUCAGAUUUCAAAACAGAUGAUAGUGAUGAUACAUUCGAAGAACAUGUCAUUAUCCUAGAUAUACCCUCAGCCCUUGACGACAAAGAUCUAUCAUCUGAUUCUUCACAGUCUGUUAAGCAAAACAAAGGACACAGAAUAGGGGAUGGGCGUCAAAGAGCUCGCUCAGAGGAGAAGCCAUUUCCUUGUUCGGAAUGUGGAAAAAGUUUUAAACAGAAAUCCGAUCUCGGGAAACAUCAGAGAAUUCACACAGGGGAGAAGCCAUUUUCGUGUUCGGAUUGUGGGAAAUGUUUUAUCCAGAAAUCAGAUCUUGUUAUACAUCAGAGAAUUCACACAGGGGAGAAGCCAUUUUCAUGUGUCGAAUGUAAGAAAUCUUUUAAAAAUAAGUCAGCUGUAGUUAGACAUCAGAAAACUCACAAAGGGGAGAAGCCAUUUUCGUGUUUAGAGUGUAAGAAAUAUUUUAGCAUGAAAUCUGCUCUUAUUAGACACCAGAAAGGUCACUCAGGGGAAAGGCCAUUUCCAUGUCCAGAAUGUGAUAAACGCUUUAAUCGGAAAUCACAUCUUCUCUACCAUCAGAAACUUCACACAGUGGAGAAGCCCUAGAAAUGUUCUCAAUGAAGGAAGUGUUUUGUGCACAGAUCGCAGCUUUUUUUAAUCCAUGAACACAGGGAAUAGCCCUGUCUUUUAGGCACAGUCAGAGUAAGGUCAGGAGGAACGAAGAUCAUUUACAGCACUAAAUGAUGACUAAGAAAUGUUUUUAGUUACUAAUAAACGUCUUUUACCCAAAAGUAGAGUCCAGAUAACCCACCUUUACGUUAUUCCUGUGCUCAGAAUAUUUCUCAUUAGUGUAUAUAUAUAACUGCAUCGUAGAACGAGUACACUUCUCCUAACCAGUAGGUGCUUUCCGCAUUAGGAUGAGCAUUCUCCUUCCUCAGGUUAACGAUCACCGUGGGUAAAGACAGGGGGACAGGACAGUGACAGUAGCUGCCAUAGACAGGUGAUUGCUUCUGCUGCUAAUGACAGAGACAGUGGUCCCCGGAUGGCAAUUGCAUGGAUUGAUCAGAUUGACCAGUCACAGUUGAAAAUAAAAAAUCAUUCAAAGCACAUUUUUCAGCUCCGAGCUCCUCAGUUUGGUGCUGAGAAGAUCGAAGCUGUGUGACUUGAUGUUUCUCCUCACAAGUUUAAGUCCCCACACCAAACCCCCAUACAACCCCCUGAACCACCCAUUGAGUUCUUAC